CCCAGUAUGUCCCAGAAGAGAGCCCCCGAUAGGCCGGGGCCAGGAAGUAAGAGGGGUAGAGCAGACCCUGAGGGGCUGGGAGAGGGAGCCCUAGUCCCCGGCGGGAUCAUGAAGAUUGAGCUUCAGAACUUUAUGUGCCACACAUUUUUUGAGGUCGAGUUUUGUUCCACCGUCAACUUUGUCGUCGGAAGAAAUGGAAGCGGUAAAUCAGCUAUCUUGAUGGCGCUUGUCAUUGGACUUGGCGGAAAAAGUUCCGCUACAAACCGAGCUCCAAACAUGACAGAGUUCAUCAAGCAAGGUUCGAGUUGGGGCCAAGUUACCAUCACAAUCUGCAACUCUAAUCAUAAUCACGAUGCUUGGGAAGUUGAGCUAUAUGGAUCUGCCGUGCUGGUGGAGAGGAAAAUAACGAAGCAGGGCAGUAAGUACAAACUGAAGAACUUUGAAGGGAAGACCAUAUCAACAAAGAAGAACGAUUUAACGCUUCUUCUCGACCAUUACAACAUCCAGGUGAACAACCCAGUGAGCAUCCUGAACCAGGAAAUGAGCAAGAAGUUCCUGGCUAGUACCGACCCCGGCUCUAAAUACAACUUCUUCAUGAAGAGCACGCACCUCGAGCAGAUGAUUCUUGAUUAUCAGCAAGUCAACGAAAAGCUAGAGACGAUAAAGCACACGAUAGCUAAGAAGGAACGAACCAUCCCAGAUGUCAGAGCCCAGGUCAGGCACCUCAAGAGUCAGUAUGAUGAGAUCACAGAAUUGAGGGACAUGGGGAAGAAAGUGUCCCAGCUCAAGGACGAACUCAUCUGGAGCAAGGUGAAGGAGAUUGAAGACGAACAGAUCCCAAUACAGCGAUCUAUUGACAAGCUCAACUCUCACCUUCCUAACGUUGAACAGGGAAUCGCUAAGGCACAGGAAAAGUUCAACGAAGCUGAAGCGAAUGUUAAGGCUUUAGAGACAGAGAUGAGUGAAGACAUGAGGAUGUACCAGUCUUUGGAGUCUGAUCAGGCUUCUCUCAGACAGCUAGCUCAUGCUAAGAAACGCGAGUUACUGGAAGUGCAACGGAAGAUAAAAACUGCCAACAACAGUAUUAAAGAUUUGAACAUGGAUCGUCAGCGUCUAACUAAAAGGAUCCGGGAAAUAGAAGACAGUAACAAAGCCCGGAAUGUGGAAGCUGAGAAGGCUGAACGAGAUCAGGAGCUGGCGGAGUGUCGGGAUAAGCAGGGACAGUAUACAGAAGAAAUGACAUCUACCACAUCAACCAUGGAGCACUUGGAGAGUAGACUCUCUGAUAUGACAGUAGAUCUAAGUAGAAUCAGACAGGAUAUCGAGCAGACGGACGUACAGAUCAGGAAGCACCAGGACAUGUUGCGGACUCAGCAGGAGGCUAAGAAGAACAGGGUCAGUGUCUUUGGCAGGUUCAUGCCUGACCUUCUCAGGAAAGUGGACGAGGCUGACAGACUCAACAGAUUCAACAAAAAACCGAGAGGACCGUUUGGUUUGCACAUGAAGGUGAAAGAUCCAAAAUGGGCCAACGUGAUCGAACUGGCAAUCGGUGGACUUGCGGUUAACUUCGUAGUCCACGACCAACACGAUAAACUGGUACUCCAGGAUCUGUUCCGGAAGAGUUGCUCCAACCCCCGGGAACACCCUAACAUGAUCAUGAUGAAGUUCAGGGACGAAGCUUACGAUGUGAGCUCUCAGAAGCCUCAGACAGGACAUCCCACUAUGUACGAUAUGUUGGAUAUUGAUGACCAUGUGAUCAGUAACGCCCUUGUUGAGCAGGCACGUCUGGAACAGAGUCUACUGAUAGAGUCAAGUGAGGAGGCCCGUAUGUUGAUUAUUGGACAUGCUCCACCGCGCGUGCACAACGCCUGGACCCUGGCCGGAGACGAUGUCAGGGCUAGGGGGGCCUACUCUAACGAUCCAACUAAAAACAACCGCUACUUUAGGGAUGAUCCAAGUCAGGUGAUAGAGGAGAUAAACCACAAGAUCCGUCAGCUUCGUGAACAGAGUUCUAUCCAGAGGCAAAACAAGGGUGGUGUAGAGAAGGAGGUAAACGAUAUCCGGGCACAGUACAACACUGAGAAGAAGAAACAGCAGGCCAUUAAAAGGAAACUGGAGAAUGUGAGGAACAGGAUUAUUGAGCUCGACAAUGUGGACGAGGCCCCUUUGCUGGACGCUACAGCGCUUGAAGAUGAGAUGCGUCAGUACGGAGAACAGAUAAACAAUAUAAACGAGGAAAAGGAGGGUCUAGCUGAGAAGGAAGAGACUUUGAAGCAAGAACACGAGGAGGCAAACAAGAGACACGCUGAGAGUACCGAGCGGGAUAGUCACAUCACCAACAGAUUGGAAGAGUUAAAGGGAAAGAUGCACGAGGGGCAGAAGAAAAACACCCAACUGUUAGACGUGCUGGAGAAGUAUAAGAGGAAGAAGAAAGAGGUCAACACCGAGAAGAAGAGGUUCAAUGCUGAGCUGACUGCUAAAAAACGGGAAAUCUCAGAGGCACAAGGAAUGGCCGAGCAGCGCUGUCCUCGAGUUGACACACGACGAUCUGCCAAAGAUCUGGAGCAGCAGAUUAGAAACAUGGAGCUGAGGAUACAGCAAGGGUCUUCCUCCACCGUCAACGUAGACAACAUCACCCGCAGGUUUCACGACGCGAAGACGAAAUUCGAGGACAUUCAGACAAUGGUUAAAAAGAUGAGAAAGUUCAGCGGAGACCUGCAGGAGAUUUUGAAGGAGCGGGAGGAAAGGUAUUUCAGGUUCAGAAAAGAGAUUUCUAAGAGAAUAAACUACUUCUUUAUAAUGAACCUGAGUCAGAGGGGCUAUACUGGCAAACUCAAGGUAGACCACGAAAAGAAGGUGUUGGAGAUGAAACUGAACGUGGAUACGAGCGGUGCCUCGCAGGACAUACACGACGUGCGAUCACUGUCCGGCGGUGAGAGAUCUUUCUCAACUGUCUGCUUCAUCUGCAGUCUUUGGAACCUGAUGGAAUCUCCAUUUCGGUGUCUCGACGAGUUUGAUGUUUUCAUGGAUCUGAUGAACCGUAAAGUGGCCAUGAAGCUGCUGGUAGAGCAUGCUGUUCAGAACCAACAGCGGCGUCAAUACAUCUUAUUUACACCCCAAGACAUGUCACAUUUUAACAAGAAGUUUAAAAAUAUGAAGAUCAUGCAGCUGGAGGCCCCAGAGCGUAACGAUGACAAUGACGAGUAACACACAAUAUGUACUGGCACAGCUGCAGGAGCUUGAAUGUUAUUCUAUCCAAUUUAAUUUUAAACUGAACGACUAUCAGUAUCACAUAAUGUUUCGUUGUUGAUUUAAAUUGUGCUAAUUUAUUUUUAAUUAUUUGAAUGGCAACUUUUAUUACAGGAGCUGAGCUCAGUUUUUUAGUUCAAGCCAUUUUGCUAACUUCAUACUUGGGUAGUGGGUACCUAUUUUACUUUUGGUGCCCAGCCUAAUUUUUAACGGGCGAUACUCGUAAAAUAUUUGUUUCAAAUAUUGUUUCAACUUCAAGACCGUCGACGAGUCCAACUCGGCGCGCGUCUUGGAGUUGGUAGGUUACAAACCUACAACCUUGAACCUAAUUUCUUGGUUGACGAUGUCAACCCAUCCAGAUCGUUGCUCUGCGAAGCAGAGCAACGAUCGACGAUGCGAAGCAAGAAUGCUAGUUCGCGUCGAAGCGGCGAAGUCCUCCAACUAAUUUCUUAGCUUUUUAGUGCGUACUAUUCUUUUGAUGACGAAAUUCAACUUCUCUGUUUGGCUAAAAACACUUUUCACCGCAUUCUCUGAUAGAAUAACUUGUUAGUGCAUUCCUUAGAUUGCUUGAAACAAAUAUCAAAUAUGAUAAUAUAUACUCAGUUCACAUCAGCCCCGUAUUUUUACUUUUCAUUUCACAAAUCUUGUUUUUACAAUUC